UUUAGUAGUAUCCGCAGCAUCGACGCGUGCGCGUCGCACGUGCAGCCCUUAUGACAUGAUCGGGUGCGAUAGAAAGGCUGAGCUCUUAUAAUGCGAGAGUACCUACUCUGAACUAGUAUCUUAUCUUGCUCAUCGUAUCAUGAAUAGUGCUUCCCUACUCGGUAAGCUCUGGGAAUUUCUAUUUUGAGGAGAAGAGGAUCUUCUUAAUUCCGAUAUCGAUCGGGCUUUUUUUCACUGAUACUAUACCUAUCGUGUUUCUUCUCCCUAUCCUACCAGGGUCCGACCGACCGACCAAUCUUCUUUAUAUUACAGACAAACAGUCCUUACCGGUCGCCAUCUAUCUAUACACCCUUUACUAUAUUUAGAGACAGACCACUAGGUACUGCUGCCGCCCCGGACAUGCCACACUUGGUCCACCACAGAAGACGCCAUUCUUGGCCAUACUGCGGCCCCGGGACGCAACUGCGCGAACGACGACACUUGGCGGUGAUAGCCCUUGAACAACAGCAACAGCAGUUCUUGACACCCGUGGGCUCGGAGGAUCUGCUUGAGGAUGAUGCUGCCUCCGCGGGUAUUGUUCGCUCCAAGGUAGGGCGGUCCCACCGGCGGUGGUUUGCUCCCAAGACCGGGGGGGCCGGGGCAGUCGGGCAAAUGCAGGUGCCGACCACCACGACGGGUACUGGCGCUGGCACUGGAUCCUCAGGGCCGCUGCGGAGAAUGAUCCGUCCGCCGCUGGAUAAGGCACGGUCGCUCUUCGUGCUACCCACCACCACCACGACCGGCCAGAACGUCCUGGUCUCGUACUGGGUGCCACAGGAUGCAGCAGCACCUGUGCCGCCGGUCGCAGUCCCCGUUGUUGGAGGCGGAGGGAGGGCGCCGGAGUAUGGCUAUGGCCCUGCGGCGGCACACCUGCUGGCUGAGCGAUUUCAUCGACGAUGCCAUUCGGAGCAGCCCCGGUCUUGGAAGAGGCCCAGCGCGACUUUGUGGCCGCUUGAGGAGGAGUAAAUGGUAGGGUGUCUUGUUAGUUAACCUGUGGUGUUAUUCUUUUUUUUUAUUCUUUUAUUUUUCGUUGUGUUUGUCUGGU